AUGCUUGUGUAUAAAAUUGCUCAGGCCCAUACUUUCUAUGAUGGGUUAGCCGUCGACGUUUCAGAAGCUGUUACACAAGGUUCGGUCAUCGCCAUUCUGGUAAUUGCAUUGAUCCUGGCCAUACCGAGUCGCGGAGUAAUAUUUGGCCUGGGACGAAAACCAUCGUCGGAGCUAUUUGCGGAAAUGAUGCAAUUCGCAAAGAAGUAUCAUGGAUACCUUGUCAGCUUUGGAACCGUCACCAAUUUCCACUAUCAUCCAGCGAGCCAUCGUAAUAAGUCAUGGAUCUUGUUCCUUGAACUGUGGGUCUUUAUUCACGGUUCUGUUACCGCCUUGAUUCAACCCGGUAGUACCUGGCAAAUCUUCUCGUUUGGAUUCCUGGCUGUCUUUUUGCUCAACCAGGUGUAUUGGACCCGUCUCGCUAAGCACCCUUUCAUCCUUGCAACCUUGUACGCUUUGUAUGGCAUCUGGGUGGCCUGGGUUUUCCGAGAGGAUAAGAAGUAUUUCCGCAUUAUUUUCAUUCCCGCUGCAGAGUAUCUGUGUCUUGGGUUUACAGUCGCGGUCGGCAUGCUUACAGCCAAGGUGUUGCGGUUCAUCAAAUCCUAUCAUCUCAAGGUCAUCGUUACAACAGUCAUGUAUGUGCUUACGGGCAUCGCUAUUAGUGUUAGCUUGGCUCUUAUAUUGGGCGGCAAUAUCCGCGUUUAUAAUGACUACUAA